AUGCUUGAUUUCUUUACAAUUUUAACGAAAGGUGGAAUUGUUCUUUGGUCGAAAUCUUUUACUCGCAUUACGUCUUCUCCGGUUGAUGCCUUGAUUAAGGAUGUAUUGAUUGAAGAGAGAGCCGGUGAAAACAGCUAUAUUAAAGAUUCCUAUAGCUUGAAAUGGACAUUCGCAAACGAAUUAGAUCUUAUUUUUGUGGCUGCUUAUCAGAAAAUUCUUCAACUUGCAUAUAUUGAGGAACUUCUUGCUACCGUUAAGAAAUUCUUUUGUGAUAAAUUUGCUGAACAUAUUCGAAACACAAGUAGUAUUCACAAAUAUGCAUUCGAUGAUGAUUUCAACACAAUAUUCAAUAAUAUCGAAGAAAAAGAUUCGAAGGGAUAUGAUAAAUUAUCUAAACCGCGACCAUUUGAACAAACUAAAAAAUUUAAAGAAACAAUUGAAGGAUCGAAGAAACUUAGUGUGAAUGAUAUAACAAAACCACCCACGAUCCCCAUCAUCAGUGAUGAUAAAAUUGCCCGCAAUAUUGAAGCAAUUCGUGGAAAGCCUACUCGAGGCCGUGGUGGACGAACUAAAUCUAGAAGUAGCAAACCGUCCAAUGAGUCCUCAUCAGAUGAUAAAAAGCCAACUAGAAAGAAAACAUUGCGUACAUGGGAAGACAAAAUUUCAAAAGAUGAAAUGGAAAGUUUGGAUUAUAGUGGGAACAAAGACGAUACAGAUAGGUCAUCGGCAGUAAAUACACAUAAUUUGGUUGAUCAAAACCAAUUUGGACAGAACAUCACUGGACAAAAAGAAAUUACACAACAAGAUCUUGUUCCGGCAUUAGCAAAAAUGAAGGAACAUUUAAUUAAAAAAAAUGUCGCAGCUGACAUUGCAACUCAUUUAUGUGAUUCUGUUGCAAGAAAUCUUGUAGGGCAAAAGACUGGAAGUUUUAAGAGCAUUCAAUCAACUGUGAAACAAUCUAUGGAAGUAUCAUUAAAACGAAUACUCACACCAAAGACAUCAGUUGACUUGUUACGUGAUAUUGCACAAGCUCAAUCUGAAUCACGUCCUUAUACAAUUUGCUUUAUUGGAGUAAAUGGUGUUGGUAAAUGCUUUGCAAGGGGGACCAAAUUUUUAAUGUACGAUGGUACAUACAAAAAUGUUGAAGAGCUCACUGUUGGUAAUCAAAUUAUGGGAGAUGAUAACAGCCCAAGGACUAUUCAAUCUACUACCAGAGGUGAAGGCAGCAUGUAUCGUAUUUUCCCAAAUGAUAAAGGUCCGGCCGAACCUUUCGAAUGUAACGACCAGCAUAUCCUAGUGCUUAAAUUCGCUGCUAACCCAUUCAUACAAAGUGGUGAAAUUCCUAUCACUGGAUUUCACCCCAGAAUUCGUCUCUUCUGGUAUGAAUAUGACGAGGUGAACAAUAUGAUAGUUAAAAAGACCGAUUCUUACUAUUACGGUCCUGGAAAACUUUAUCUUAAAAAAGAAGCAGCUAAGAAAGCAGCGAUACAAGAUAUGGCGAGAAAACCCAAUCUCGCAAUAACAGAUUUUAUUUGGGAGGUACCGGUCAAGGAUUUCUUAACCGCGUCAUAUGAUGUACGACGAAAUUGUCUUAUGUUUAAACCAAGCAAAGUUAUUUUUAAAGUAGCACAAGGAAAAUUUCGUAUUAUUUUAAGCGAAAUUCUUGGGAUUGAUCCUACGGAUUCUCAGAUUUCAGCUGCUGCUUGGCUCGUUGGUGCAUGGAUUAGUAAUGGACUUGAAACCUCGCCAACAAUAUGUGUCAACGAGAAUGAAAUUGAAAUAGUGAAGGCGAUGGAAAAAUAUGGUGAAACGUUGAAUUGGAAAUGUAUUAAAGAUAAUUCAAAUAAAGAACAACAGAGAAUUUCAUUUAUUCAUGGUAGCGGUUUUGAAAGCGAGUUCUUACGUCUUCUCCGUAUGCUCGAUAUUUUGGAUGCUAAAAAAGUACCACCAGUCAUUAUGACCGAUGAACUCGAUCAGGUUCGUUUGCCUCUCCUUGCCGGAAUCUUAGAUAUUGGCGGGCAUUUACUAGAAAAACAGAAGGGAUCUUACGAGUAUAUCUACCAAUCUCCACAGAAGCGAUGUAACAUCGUUGAACAAGUUCGUAAUUUGGCCAAUUUAUCAGGAUUUUGUUCCAUCAAUGUUAAGAGAAGAAUGAAAGAGGUUUCAAAUAAUAUAACGGCACCAUAUUUUUAUACAACCAUCACUGGUAAUGAGUUAGAUAAGCUUCCAUUAAUCGUAUCACGUAAAAAGGUAUGUAAACACCGUGAUUGCAACCUUAAGCUAGACAAUCGUGAUAUGGUAUGGAGCUUUAAAGUGGUGAAUGUUGGCCUUGGUCCAUAUUACGGAUUCAAAGUUGAUAAAAACGAGCGCUUCUUAUUGGCGGAUUUGACUGUGGCCCAUAAUUCUACAAAUCUAUCGAAGACUUGUUUUUGGUUAUUACAAAAUGGAUUAAAGGUCCUCAUUGCAGCGUGUGAUACUUUUAGAUCAGGUGCCGUAGAACAAUUAAGAGUGCAUGUUAGAAAUUUGAAUGCUUUGGGCCAAAAUUCAACUGUUGAAUUAUAUGAACGUGGAUAUGGCAAAGAUGCUGCCGGGAUAGCAAAAGAUGCAGUCAACUAUGCAAAAGCAAAUAAAUUUGAUGUCGUAUUGAUCGAUACGGCAGGACGUAUGCAGGACAAUGAACCAUUAAUGCGUGCGUUAGCGAAGCUGGUAUCUGUGAAUAAUCCAGAUAAAAUAAUAUUCGUUGGCGAAGCUUUAGUUGGGAAUGAAGCAGUUGACCAACUUACAAAAUUCAAUCAAGCAUUGAAAGAUUUUUCUGGAUUGCAAAAUCCGCGACAAAUUGAUGGAAUGAUCUUGACGAAAUUUGACACAAUUGAUGAUAAGGUUGGUGCGGCUUUAUCGAUGACUUACACAACGGGGCAACCGAUAUUAUUUGUUGGAACCGGACAAACUUAUACAGAUUUAAAGAAUAUGAGAGUUGGACAUAUUGUGCAUGCUCUCCUUAGGGAAUAA